UCUGUCAACUCUACAACCGAGUGAAACAUAUGACGGAUUUGAUCUGUGUAGCUGCUUCUUUAUAAAUGUAUUUUUAUUUCAUGACUAAAGCUACGUACAAGCACUAUGGCAGAUGAUGUUUUGUUUGAAUUCCUCCACAUGGAGAUCGUGGGUCACGUUUACAAAGAGCAGGCGACCCGGGAGGACAUUGAUAAGGAAAGAGUGACGUGUGUAUCUACUCUAGAAGCAAUGGGCUUCAGAGUUGGACAAGGUUUGAUCGAAAGGUUUACAAAAGACUGUCCCAGUUUCAAAGAUGACUUGGACAUUAUGAAGUUUGUUUGUAAGGACUUCUGGAGCACCAUCUUUAAAAAGCAAAUCGACAACUUGAGGACCAACCAUCAGGGUACAUUUGUCUUACAGGACAAUACAUUUGCAUUGCUGACACAGUUUUCUAUUGGAAAGCAAUACCUUGAAGAUGCCCCUAAAUAUUUAGCUUUUUCUUGUGGUAUGAUUCGGGGAGCUCUGUCCAAUCUGGGCUUGGAGGGUGUAGUGACUGCAGAGGUAUCUGUAAUGCCAUCAUGUAAAUUUCAGGUUGUCAUUCAGAAAACCUAGAAUGGACUAAGCAAACUAUGAACAGCCAUGUUUCAUCAACUUUAAUGUGAAUUACAAGAAACAAGAUUCUGAAUGUUUACAUCCGAUAGGCUCUUUACAAUGUUAUUUUUGAGACAGUGCUGUUACAUUCAGUGAGACAGUAUACACAAUUGCUGUUUUCUUAUAUUUCCAAUAUUUUUAUUUUCCAAAUCCCUUAAAUUGAAAGUUUUUAUUGAUAAUGAUUCUAAAUGUCAUGCUCUGCCUCUUCAUUACAGUAAAUGAAUAAUUAUGAUAAUAGAUGGAUAUUUUCAAAAAUAUGACAGUCUGGCUGUUUUAUAUUUUAUACACUUUUUGUCUAUUUAAGACAAUAAGAAAUAUUUGAUGUUAAAGGUUGGAUGCAUUUUGUCACAAUUAUUUCUGUACAUUUUCAACCAGUAACUACAGCUAUCUAAACCGUAACACAGACAAUUUGCAAGUCAACAUUUAUCUGAUUGAUUAUUUAAUCGGUUAUUUAAUCGUAAAUGUUACAGAAGAAAUUAUUGGACUUUUCUAAAACGGCAAGCAGGUUUGUCUUUUAAGGUGAAUUGGGACAUGGUUUUAGUUGUGUUUAGAUACAAAUAUGGGUUCUUUUUUACACCAGAAGAGGGCAGCGUUUGUCAACCAGGUCAAAUACCUCCUGACAGUGAAAACCUCAAAAGUUUUUUCUUUAAUGAUUUUGUAUACAAGCUUCUUGCACUUCAGUUAUUCUAAGAUCUCUUUACAGCUGGUACCUCGUUUAAUCAAAGCUUUGGUUGUUUUUGUUGUUUGUAAAAUGUAUAAAUGUCUGAAAUUAGGUCAUUGGACAGUUUGCUUUCUGUAUACUCUGUUUGUUUGUUGUUACUGCACAUAUCUGGAAAAAAAUAUAAAUAUUAAAAUAAAUGAAGGAUUUCAAAA